AUGAAUAGGGGCGGUGGACAGGGAAGCUCAAGCUCCCAAAUUCUUGAUAUCCAAUUCCUUGUUGAUGCUCCGGAGAAAGCCGCUCCAGGGCUUCUUCCAUGGUCUCUGUUUGCCGAAGUGAUAUACCGUGGGGAUGAGGAUUUACAAGGGCUGGACUGGUCUAUUGAAUAUAAGCUGUGUGAUGCAAGUGGCGGCUACGAGGCAAGCUUCCAAAGCUUCUCACAGCAGGUGGGAAGUCCCAGUCUGUAUUUGCCCAUUCCAGUUACCAAACGUGUUGAACCUGGUAAAUAUCUCGUGAAGGCCAGUAUCUGGUUGAUGGACGGUCAAGAUGUUUACGUAGACAAGGUCGAAGCCCAAUCACACAUCUUCGAGAUUGUAAAAGGCUUCGACAACAGGACAUUGAAAUUAGGAUCAGCAGAAAAGCAGUGUCUGGAGUCCAAGCUUUUCAACAUGAAUCCUCAAAUGAGACCACACUACCAGCCCUACUGGUAG